CCGGCCUCAUCCCCGUCGGCGGGGUGUAGUCUCAGGUUAGGUCUGUUUAUCUCCUCAGGUUCCCGAGCGCGGGUCAGGAUCGGGUUAAUUGACGCUGAAGACGCGAGGAGCGGCGCGGUCCUCGCCACACACAGUUGAGCCCGGGUGUCCGCUCCCCCACCGGCCCGCUGCCGGCCCACCGAGUCCGAUGGCGGCAGCCGCGCCCAGGGACUCGGCUGAGUGUGGUGUGACCUUUGAGGACGUGGCCGUGUACUUCUCCUGGAAGGAGUGGAGGCUUCUUGAUGAGGCUCAGAGACGGCUGUACCACCAUGUGAUGCUGGAGAACUUUGCACUUGUAUCGUCACUGGGUUGCUGCUGUGGAGAAGAGGAUGAGGAGGCCCCCUUUGCACAGAGUGCUUCUGUAGGCAUAUCCCAGACCCGGACACCCAGGGCCGCUCUGUCUUCCCGGAAGACCCACCCCUGUGAGAUGUGUGGUCCCGUCCUGAGAGACAUUUUCCACUUGGCUGAGCUCCAGGGGAAAGAAAACAGACAGAAACGGUUGAGUUGUGGGGCCUGCAGGAAACAAUUUUCUUUCAGUGUGAACUUGGAGCAGCAGCAGGAGCAGCCCGUGGGAGCAAAACCAUUCAGAAGCCGUGUGGACAGGGCCUCUGCUGUCAAGAGCUGGGGAUCCGGUGGUUCGGGAAAGCCCUUUACCUGUAGAGAGGUGGAGAAGGACUUGCUGUCUGGCUUGGGGCAUCUGGGGCAAGAGGCCACUCGUACUGGGGAGAAACCACACAUGAUUCCCCAGUGCAGGGCAACGUUACAAUGUGAAAGCAGUCGUGGUGCUUGGGGAGGAUGUGAGAACGCCUUUGGUCCCAAACACACAGAUACACAGGACCAGGGUGUUCACCUUGGAGGACAGUCCUUUGUGUGCAGUGAAUGUGAGAAAACUUUCAGCACUCAUACUGCUCUCCAUUAUCACCACAGAGUUCACACUGGAGAAAGGCCUUAUGAGUGCAGUGAAUGUGGCAAGUCCUUUACCCGAAGACAUAGACUCAACAUGCACCUAAAGGUUCACUCAGGUGAAAGGCCUUAUGAGUGUAAAGAAUGUGGGAAAUCUUUUAUUUGUAGGUAUGAACUCCAGUAUCAUUAUAGAAGUCACUCUGGAGAAAAACCUUUUGAGUGCAGUGAAUGUGGGAAGUCUUUUACCUAUCGUUCUGCCCUUAGUUAUCAUCAGAGAUCCCACAGAGGAGAAAGGCCUUAUGAAUGCAGUGAAUGUGGGAAAUCUUUCACUUCUAGCUCUGCACUCCGGUAUCAUCACAGAGGUCACACAGGAGAAAGGCCUUACGAAUGCAGUGAAUGUGGGAAAUCCUUUCGACAAAAACAUUCCCUCUCAAUACACCAGAAAAUUCAUAGUAGAGGAAACCCUUACAAAUGCAACAAAUGUGGGAAAUCUUUUUCUUGUAGUUCUAGUUUCCAUUAUCAUGAGAGAAUUCACACAGGAGAAAGGCCUUAUGAAUGCAGUGAAUGUGGAAAAUCUUUUAUAAGUAGUACUGCCCUCCAUUAUCAUCAGAGAGUUCACACUGGAGAAAGGCCUCAUGAGUGCAGUGAAUGUGGGAAAUCUUUCAGCACUCAUAGUGCUCUUCAGUAUCAUCGCAGAGUUCACACUGGAGAAAGGCCUCAUGAGUGCAAUGAAUGUGGCAAGUCCUUUACCCGAAGAAAUAGCCUCAAUAUGCACCUAAGGGUUCAUUCAGGUGAAAGGUUUUAUGAGUGUAAUGAAUGUGGGAAAUCUUUUAUUUGUAGGUAUGAACUCCAGUAUCAUUAUAGGGUUCAUUCUGGAGAAAAACCUUUUGAGUGCAGUGAAUGUGGGAAGUCUUUUACCUCUCGCUCCGCCCUUAGUUAUCAUCAGAGAUCCCACAGAGGAGAAAGGCCUUAUGAAUGCAGUGAAUGUGGGAAAUCUUUCACUUCUAGCUCUGCACUCCGGUAUCAUCACAGAGGUCACACAGGAGAAAGGCCUUACGAAUGCAGUGAAUGUGGGAAAUCCUUUCGACAAAAACAUUCCCUCUCAAUACACCAGAGAAUUCAUAAUGGAGGAAACCCUUACAAAUGCAACAAAUGUGGGAAAUCUUUUACUUUUAGUUCCAGCUUCCAUUAUCAUCAGAGAAUUCACACAGGAGAGAGGCCUUAUGAAUGCAGUGAGUGUGGAAAAUCUUUUAUAAGUAGUACUGCCCUCCAUUAUCAUCAGAGAGUUCACACUGGAGAAAAGCCUCAUGAGUGCAGUGAAUGUGGGAAAUCUUUUAUCACUCGUACUGCUCUCUCUUACCAUCACAGGGUUCACACUGGAGAACGACCUUAUGAGUGCAGUGAAUGUGGGAAAUCGUUUAGGGGAAAAUCUAACCUCUCUCAACAUUGGAGAGUUCACACUAGAGAAAGGCAUGGUUCUAUAAUGAAUAUGCAAUUUCCUUAUUCAGCAUAAUGCCACUGGUGAAAACUCUUUGAGGAGAGCCUUUUGCCUGAUUUGAAUCUUUUACUGUGGGGAAAUUUCUUAAAUUUAUGUUGGAAGUAUGUGUGGCCAUGUCGCAUUUUCUAAAUUGUCCAGAGAACUCUCUGGAUUUAUGUAACUGACAGUUCUGUGACCCUUUCACCUCUGCCAACUGGUAGGUCCGCACAGUGCACAUCAGUCCUCACCCCAGUGUACUCAGAGAAGCUGACCUCUCUUCUCAUGAACUGGAGCAGAUUAGCAGUAACUUGAGGUCUUUUUGGGGUCAGCUUUCCCUCCUCCUUGAAUACCUUCAUGUCAUGGACUUGCAGCAGUGAUGACCCAGAGAACAUCAUGAGUUUGGCCGGCAGCUUACAGAGAAUGGCUACCUUUUUUCAGGAACAUGUUGAUUGCGUGUGAUACUUGUGAUGAGUUUUUCCAGCUUCCAAGUCGCAAACUAGAGAACUGUCUUCUCCACAUUGAUUUGGAUAAAAUGAUAAUCAAAGCCUUACUGUUUAAGUCUUUAAUCAUGAAUGUUCUACUUACUGUGUGGAGUAGUGUAUAAAUAGAUUUGGGCUCAACAAGCGUCAAAUGGUAAACUUCAAAGAGUCUCAAACUAGCUGUGCUUGAGGAGGAAGUGGAGGAUGGCAGGAAAUAGCUUGCCAGUUUUUUGUUUGUUUGUUUGUUUGUUUUAAGUAAACUCUGUGUCCAACUUGGGGCUCAAACUCAAAACCCCAAGAUCAAGAAUCAAGCUCUACGGUGCGGGGGGAGAAUCAAGCUCUACUGAGCCAGCCAGGUUGUGCCAGUAGCCUGCCAGUUUGGACUAAAUUUGCAUUGAUUGGUGCCUCACAGCCUCCUAGCAAAAACUGCGGGGCUUUCUGGUUUUCGUUUCAGGUCUGGACGACGUGUGUUUUAGGAGCCUCAGUGACGAGCCCCAGGAGGGAGCAGGUGUGAGACUCUUAGUGCUUCUGCCAGUGACAUGAAUUUCUUCCCUUACUCGAAGGGGGUCUCACAGGGAUGUCAGCACUAUUGAGGGCUUAUUAAUCCUGGCUUUACAAGCAGCCAUGUGCCCUGAUGUCCACAACCCAUUGGGCUCGGGUCACUGGUUGAAAGACCACAGUGGGCAGGAGAAACCAUAAUUGGUACAGAAACACUUAACAGGAAGGGGAGGAGGCUGCAGCCAACUGGAUGGAAUGUGCCUCUUCUAGAAAUGGAUCCAGACAAGUUUCUGUGACAGUGACUGUAGGAUCAGUGUGUACACAAAUCUCAGGACCUCCGGGCAUAUUUAUCUUGUGUAGGUAAAGUCAUUGUCAGAGAAAAUAAU